AUGACUGUGAAAUUCUCACCACAAGCGGUCUUUCCUUCGAAGGAGACAAUCCGAAAACGAUGCACAUCUCUUGAGGCCUGGGCCCUGCCAAAGCAAGAAUCGACAAUUGCCCCCGAAGAUGUCUGGACCAACAAAGAUAUGGACCCUGUACCUAUCGCAGACCAGACUUGGGGCAUGUGGACCUGGAUAGCAUAUUGGGCAACCGAUGUUAUCAACUUGGGUACUUGGGAGACAGCCAGUUCAAUCAUCCAAGUUGGCCUAACUUGGCGUGAUGCUAUCCCUAUCAUGGUCGUCGGUUGCUUUUGCGUUGCCGUACCAGUCGUCCUCAACGGAGCCAUGGGUGCUCAACUUCAUGUUCCAUUCAGUGUCAUCGUUCGUUCCGGAUUUGGCUACUACUUUGCCUACUUCUGCAUUGCAUCAAGAUGUAUCUUGGCCAUGUUUUGGCUGGGCAUACAGAGCGCGAAUGGUGCGCUCGCCAUGCAGAUCAUGAUCAUGGCAAUCUGGCCAUCAUUCGCUUCCUACGAUUGGAAUGGACGGAACAAUACACUUCCUGAGAGUGGUGGCAUCAGCACAGCCGGCAUGAUAGCUUACUUCGUCUUCUGGAUUAUCCAACUUCCUAUGCUACUCAUCCCGCCUACCCAGUUACGCUACCUGUUCAUUGUCAAAAUGAUCGCAGCUCCUGUCACAGCCAUCGCAACUCUUGGAUACAUGGUGCACAAAGCCGGUGGCAGCGGUGCCAUCUUCUCACAACCAGGAACGGUGACAGGAGAAGCUAAGGCUUACCUCUGGCUCAGCUGCAUGUCUUCUGUGACAGGAGUGUGGGCAACUCUCGCAGUAAACGUGGCCGACUUCUCGCGCUACGCCAAAGCCCGUCCUGAUGGCAAACCAAACCAUGCGCAAUAUGUCCAGCUGCCAGCUUUACCUAUUCUAUUUACCUUGUGUGGUGUUCUUGGUGUCAUCACAACAUCAGCAUCCAAGGUGGUCUAUGGCGAAUUCUACUGGAACCCUUUGAACAUUGUGGAACAAUGGCUGAAGAACGGACAUGCUGGAAGGGCAGCGGCAUUCUUUGCUGCAUUGAGUUGGUUCAUUGCUCAAGUGGGAACGAAUAUCACUGGCAAUUCCAUCUCUGCGGCUAAUGAUCUUUGUGUUAUGGCGCCAAAGUACAUCAACAUCAGACGUGGAUGUAUCAUUGCUGCCGUUGUGUCUUGUUGGGUCAUGGUGCCAUGGAAGAUUCUGAAGAAUGCGCAAACAUUCCUCGCCUUCAUGUCUGGUUACUCAGUUUUCCUUGCUCCUAUGGCUGGCAUCAUGGCAGCCGAUUAUUGGCUAGUCAAGCGACGUCACAUUGAUUUGCCAGCUCUCUACGACCCACAUGGACGCUACAGAUAUAUCUAUGGCAUCAAUUGGCAAGGUCUGGUCGCAUUCCUUAUAGCCGUCUGUCCCAAUCUGCCAGGUCUUGCAAACUCGAUCAACGCCAGCGAUAUCUCUGCGGGAGCCAAGCACCUCUACUCUUUUGAUUGGCUGUAUGGCUUCGUAUCGAGCAUCUUUGUCUAUACAGUUUUGAGUAAGGUGUUCCCCGCGAAGGAGUCGUUGAUUCCGAGAUCGAUCUACUCUCUAGAAGUACUGGAGGGCGAAGAUAUGAGUACAGACAGAAGUAUUGAGGGCGAAAGCAAAAACGUGUUUGAGAUGAAAGGAGGAAAUGUUGAUGCCACUGAUCUCGGCAAGGUCUUGUAG